UCAGUAACUGUACGUUGUGGAAUUAGAUACUUAAAAAAAAUCAAGUGUUGCGAGUUUGGCCGCAUAAUACAGUUCUCCGUGGCGGCGGACGACAGGGUGACGUUCAUGAAUUAUUUUAAUCCAUUCGAACAUAAUUAAUAAAUGUAAAACAAUGUCAUUUCAACUCUAAAGAAGGCUUACUCGCAAAAAAAUUGGUUAGGCGGAUGAAAAAGUUAAUUUGCUUCGAACCCGCAGUGAACGUGUUAAAAGCUCGCCUACUUCGCACGCACGCAGUCACUUCACUCUUACACUUGGGCCUAUAGAUCCCAGCGAUCGACGAUCUGUUCUUAUAAAUUUAUAGAAUUGGGGAGCGAUUUGUUCAGCGCAAUCAGUGAUGAGUACCUUGGUUCGCUCCGAAGAUAUCGUGUUGUGUGGCAACAAAAUCUCGCGGAUCGCCGUCACAAUCUCUGGUCGUCGAGAUAAAUCCCUUCCUGUGUGAAAAGGCUUCACUAGGGGAGUGAGGGUCGGGGGCGCUUAAUAAAGCCCGGCUAUAAACGACCCACUAACAGAGCCGCUGCAAACUAACUGGAGUCGUUCCUUGGAGGCGUUCCGAGCGCUAAAUAUAACGCAGCUAUUGUUAGAAUUACCCAAAUAGAAUUUUUUUAAAAUUUGACAACUGACAGCAAGAAAGUACUAGACCUCAGAAGAUUUGUUGACGUUUCUCAUGGUGGGUGGUGUGUAGUAUUGGUUUCAAGUUACUCAAAUGCUGCGUAAUGUUUAGAUCGUUUCGUUUGGUUUUCCCCGUUCGUGAUUAGGAUGAAAAGGCUUUUCCAGUUAACAAGUGGACAGUUCCCAACGACUAAUAUCUCACCGAGCGACGAGACAUACGGCCUGAAUCGGAUAUUGCCAAUCUGUUAGGCACGGUGUUUGUCACUUUAGGUGGAACGUUCGUUUUGGUUUUCGAAACCUUAUCCGUCAACAGGCUCACCGAAUAAUAGUUCACAGGGACAAAGGUACAAAUAAAGCAGAAGUUACCUAUACAUUUUUGUGUUGUUGUUUAGUCGCGACUGCAUUUAAACGCUUGAAAACAAUGGAUAAAUUGCGGCGCGUACUCAGCGGCAAUGAUAGCACUACAGACGAGGAAAGUAGCAUAAUAACUACAAUAAAUGAAGCGUCAACCCUGAGCUGGUCCACUCGGAUCAAAUCGUUUUGCGUGUGUUUUGUGAUCGGCAUCCUGCUUUCCUUGCUAGGAUCUUUUGCGCUCUUCCUACAUCGUGGACUGACGGUAUUUGCAGUGUUCUACACCCUAGGGAACAUCCUCUCAAUCGCAAGCACAUGCUUCCUAAUGGGGCCUUUUAAUCAGUUGAAGAAAAUGUUCGCAUCGACUCGCAUAAUCGCUACCUGCGUUGUUAUUGUUUCGUUUGUUUUAACCUUAGUUGCAGCCAUUGUGCUGCACAAAGCCGGGCUAGCGUUACUUUUUAUAAUAAUCCAAUCACUAGCAAUGACCUGGUAUUCGCUAUCUUAUAUUCCAUGGGCCCGAGAUGCAGUGAAGAAAACAAUCACCACCUGCGUCGUCUAAGUAAAUUAGAUUGUUUACGAUAAUUUAUUAAUUCCGGACUGUCUCGUAACAUUCCUUAACGCAAUAAAAUAUAACUGCUAUGGAUUCUAGUUUAAAAAUAAAAUACACGUAUAUAUUAGAUAA